AUGCGUGACGCUAUCGAGACUUCGUUGAACUGCGGCUUCAAGACAGCUUGCGCUAAUUUGCUCAACGGUGUGGCAGACGCAGGCAACUUCAUCUAUUCCGACACAGGGACCCUGGUUUUCGGAGACCUGAAGCUCAACAACUUUAGAGACGUCCUCGCAACAAUUAGCUACGUUGAUCUUAAAGACGGCCUUCAUUGA